AUGGUGGGCGAAGAAAACGAUGGGAAACAUUUAAAUACGGCUGAUGAAUUGGCUAAUUUACUUGUGGAGCAAGAUAACAAGAGAAGGAGUCAAUUGCCUUCUUAUCCUGGCUUGGAAAGAUUUGAAAUAACAAGGAAACUGGGAGACGGGGCCUUCUCGAACGUUUAUGAAGCUCGUGAUACCAAAACUGGAAAGAAAGUCGCAAUUAAAGUCGCACAGAAAUCAAAAUCUGACAAGAUGGAUAAUGGUCAACGCCAUUUGCAUAAAAGCAUCCAAAAGAAACCAAGGGCAACAGAGAGAGCCAAUAUAAUAAAGGAAGUUCAGAUCAUGCGUAACGUGCGCCAUGCAAAUAUCGUACAGCUGAUUCACUACACCGAAUCGGGUGAGAACUACUUUUUAACGUUGGAUCUGUGUCAAGGAGGCGAGCUCUUUCAUCAGAUUGUAAAGUUAACCUAUUUCAGCGAAAACCUGGCUCGCCAUGUGAUUACCCAAGUCGCAUUGGCGGUCCGCCAUCUUCAUGAAGAAUGCGGUGUUGUUCACAGAGACAUCAAGCCAGAAAAUAUCUUAUUCGACCCUAUUCCGAUCAAGCCCUUGAAGCGACCCAUUUAUCGACCCACCGACAAUAUGGACACCAAGGAGGAUGAAGGUGAAUUCAUUCGAGGCAUUGGCGGUGGUGGCAUCGGUACAGUCAAGUUAGCCGAUUUUGGCCUAUCCAAAGUCAUUUGGGACAAUUCAACUUUUACUCCCUGUGGUACAGUGGGCUAUACAGCUCCAGAAAUUGUAUGUGAUCAACUGUAUUCGAAAUCGGUUGAUAUGUGGGCCAUUGGUUGUGUUUUAUAUACCAUUUUAUGCGGUUUCCCUCCAUUUUACGAUGAAUCCAUUCCCAUCCUAACCGAAAAAGUUGCCAAAGGUCAAUUCACCUAUUUAAGCCCUUGGUGGGACACCAUGUCCGAUUCGGUCAAAGACUUGAUUAACCAUUUACUCUGUGUCGACUCCAAAAAGAGAUAUACCAUUGACCAAUUCCUGAAUCAUCCUUGGGUGACGGAAGAACCCUUCAUUCGUCCUCAUAAAGAUGCUGUUGUUUUGACCGAGGAUCAAAUACAAACAAAGGCCUAUCGUCAUCAACAAAAUGUGGAACAGCAAGAGUUGAAAGCCAUGGUUCAAAAGACUGUCCAGUCCACUCUAUUGACUCCACCAGAGAUUGAACAAGACGGGGAUGAUUUGAUGGAAGACAGUAUGUAUUCCACACCGGAUGCCGCUACUUUACGAGAAAUAUUUGAUAUUACUUAUGCUGUGCAACGUAUGGGCGAGGAACAAUCUUUAAUGGAUCAAAAGCAACAAAUAGAACAACAACAAACAAUCAUUUCACCUACACCAUCACCAGCGACUACCCAUGUUCAGGUGCCGCUGGCUUUACAGAAUCAGAAUCUACCCAUUGCUCAGAAAUUAGCCUUGCAUAGUCGUGGUGUGGCGGAUCCCAUCAAUUACCGUCACCAUCAGCCCUUGUUGCAUCAACAAAAACCUCCCAAUGCAUUUGAUGGAUUUCAAUUGGAUAUGAAUAAUGCUACUUUAUUAACAAAUCGAAUGAAAAUUAAAGUUUAA